ACUUGAACUCCUUCGCUUGAGGUAGGCACUCCGUCCCCACCUGGAGGGAGCAAUCCACCGGUUUCCGGCAGAGAAACCGGUCACAUAAAUGACUAAACACUGGCACACUGCUCUGAAACACAUCAAUUCAGGUAGUAAUGAACCUUCUCAUCUCCUCAGCCUCCAGCAGCGGGACGCGUCUCCAUCGGGGUUAUGUAGAAGAGGCAGCACCUGAGGACACCCCACCUGAAACCACGCACAUCGUCUUUGUGGUGCAUGGUAUUGGCCAGAAGAUGGACCAGGGCCGCAUCAUCAGGAACACCAGCAUGAUGAGAGACGCUGCCAGAAAGAUGGAGGAGAAGCACUUCUCUGAUCGCACCACAGAGCAUGUAGAGUUCCUUCCUGUGGAGUGGAGGUCAAAACUGGCUCUGGAUGGAGACACGGUGGACUCCAUCACGCCAGACAAAGUGAGAGGUCUCAGAGACAUGCUAAACAGCAGCGCCAUGGACAUCAUGUACUACACCAGCCCUCUGUACAGAGAUGAGAUUACCAGGGGUUUGACUCUGGAGCUGAAUCGUCUGUACUCACUCUUCUGCUCGCGAAAUCCAGACUUUGAGAAAAAUGGGAAGGUGUCCAUAGUAUCACACUCUCUGGGCUGCGUCAUCACCUUUGAUAUUAUGACGGGCUGGGACCCCGUGCGCUUUCACCAUCCAGAAGCACCAGAUCCAGAGGAAACAAGGGUUCGCUGGCCGAGUGAUGAAGAGCGUCACCUUCAGGAGCAGCUGAGACUCACACGCCUCAGGUACUUCACAAGUUAUUCGUCUGGAACGGGUGAGGAAGUCGAUUCCACAUCUGUUUUGGCAUAAAAUGUACCUAUUGUUGCAGAAGAUUUCAGUGAUAUUGCCAAUCCUUGUCCACUUUUGUAUUGCAGAAGCAGAGUUAGUAUUUACUAGUACAUACACUUUUUCACAUAAACAGUGAGAACUUCAAUUCUUGUUUACAGUCGAUACAUUUUUGCAUUGCAAGAAAAAUAGGAUAGAUUAAAAGCAUGGAGAAGUUUGAUGAAUCUGUCUUGCCUUUCCUGCCAAAACAGAUCUACACUGACACUCCUCUCUAUAGAUGUUGCACAAAACAGCAUCCUGUUAUGAGAUGUUAUGGUUGUAUAAAAUUAUUUUACUGCAGAAUUAGUUUUUUUGGUUAAUAUUUGGAUACUCCCUAAAACUGAAAAUAGUGGAAAUGUAGGCUUCUCCAAAAGGGGCAGGGUCUGCCUUAUCACAUGUAUCUCUGGAAAUAAUAAUCAGAAUGUCACCAAUAUUUAAUACUUUUGUCGAUCUUUGAAAUUUACACAGAUGAAUUAUA